AUGGUCAACCUUCGCGAUGCCUUCCGAGUCCACCCUGAUGCCAUGGGGCACGUCCCUCCCAAGGAGGUCACCAACAACCGAGUUAUUGCGCUCGGAAUGUUCGGGGCCUGCGCUGCUAUAAUGUAUGGAUACGACCUGGGAUUCAUCGGCGGAGUCAUUACCCUCCCCGCUUUCCUUGCCGACUUCGACCUCACCAAAGCGCCAGCGGACUAUGUCACCAACUUCUCAUCCAACGUCGUCUCUGUCUUCCAAGCCGGAGCCGUCGGCGGAGCCCUCAUCUCGUCUCCCAUGGCCAACGGUCUCGGUCGGCGCUGGUCCAUCAUCAUCAACUUGGUCAUCUAUACUCUGGGCGCGGCACUCAUGACCGGUGCCUCGGGCCAAGCUGGCGUGGGUCUCAUCUACACCGGUCGUCUGCUCACCGGCUGGGCCGUCGGCGCAUCGUCCAUGAUCACCCCCGUCUACGUCGCCGAGUGCAGUCCCGCGCACAUCCGUGGAAGACUAGUCGGUCUUUACGAAGUCGGUGUGCAGUUUGGUACGAUGGUCGGUUUCUGGAUCCCAUAUGCGGUCCUCCAGACUCAAAAAGGAACGGUCCAGUGGCGUCUGCCUUUUGCACUCCAGCUCAUUCCCGCCGUCGCUUGCAUCGUCGCCAUGUGGUUCCUGAAGGAGUCACCGCGUUUCACCGCCAAGAAGUUUGGUCAGGAGAAGGCUUCACACGAUCUCGCCUACAUCCGCGGUCUUCCCGAGGACCACCCUUACGUCCGCGCCGAGCUCAACUCCAUCAUGGAGCAGGUAGCCUUUGAGCACGCCCAAACUGCUUCCCUCGAAAAGUUUACCGCUCUCCGCCGCACUUUCGGCAAGGCCAAUGCUCGCCGACUCAUCACUGGUGUCCUCGUCAUGGUCUUCUUCCAGAUGGCUGGUACCAAUGCUGUCAACUACUACUCGCCGUUGAUCUUCCAAUCGUUCGGUCUUUCUUCUUCAUCCGCCAAGCUCUUUGCUACCGGUGUUUACGGUGUCGUUCGUUUCGUCGCUACCCUCAUCGCCAUGGUCUUCUUCACCGACCGGUUCGGCCGUGUCCAGAUGCUCGUUUGGGGUGGUGGAGCGAUGGCGGUCUUCAUGUGGAUUAUCGGCGCGCUCACCCACACCUUCCCUCCCCAAGCUGCCGGCGCUGCCAUCUCGUCUGCUCAGCUCGCCGCUAUCGUCAUGAUCUUCCUCUGGGCUGUCUCUUUCUGUUUCUCCUACGCUGGUAUCCCAUGGAUCUACUGCGCCGAGAUCUUCCCCCUCGACAUUCGUGUCUUCUGCAUGGCCAUCUGCACCGCCGUCCACUGGCUCUUCAACCUCAUGAUCGCCAAGUCUGUCCCUUACAUGAUUACCAACCUCGUACCCGGUGGAUUGUUCUUUAUCUUUGCUGCUUGCACAACUGUUGGAUCCGUUCUCGAGUAUUUCUUCAUGCCUGAGACCAAGGGCCGUACACUCGAGGAGAUUGAGGCUGCGUUUGAGGGCAAGAAGGUCGGAAGGAGCACAAUGGCGGAGCGGAUGCAGGAGAAGGAGUCUCACGAGUUCAAGGAGCGCAGAGAGAGUGGGGACGACAAGUUGGAAGUGUAA